AUGGAUUUUGUGUCGAAUCUGUGGGCAUCAAUUUUCACCCCGGGCACAACGCCCACGCUGGUGAAGGCCACCCAUGGGAGCUUUAUCGCCUUGGAGAUCACGCUUGUGUUUAUGCUGGUUGCCACCAAGAGUCUGCAUUUUGUAGCUCUGCUUGUCUUGGCCACCGGACUAUGGAUCGCCAUUACUUGGUUUAUCAGCGAGUCUAGCAGGCUUACCGAGCAGGCUUCAAAGAAUAGCUUAAAGAAUGAUGCGAGUGAGAUCGCGGUAAAGUCUAGUCGGGAGAUCGAGUCGACAAGCGCUAGUGCCAGCACGAGUGCCAGCCCGAGUGCAAGUACCAGUGCCAGCACGAGCAAGAGCGGCAGCCCCAGCUUCAGCCCGAGCAUUAGCCCGCCUGUAAGCACUUCUACUGCUGGUGCAAGCACUAGCACAAGACCUCGUAGAAAAAAGCGUACUGUAUAA